AUGGCCAACAUGGCCAACACGGCCAACACCACGAACACGUACCGCCAUGGACCUGGCCACGGACGCCGCUCACGCAACCUUAGGAUAGAGGGGGUCUGGCAGUAUGACAUCACAGCGAGUCAGACAGAGCGACAGCCGUGCCUCGCGCGGGACACACUAAACGCCGAUUACCGAGCACGAGAGGAGGGCACUGGCCCUCGGAAGGCAGCUCUGCGCCAAGGACCACCUUAA